AUGGGACUCAGACUCCUCGCGCCCCUCUCACAGGUGAUGCUACUCCUAACACUCGUACUGUGCAAUAAAAACGUAAUCGAACUGAAUUAUCAAAUAAACACCCACCCAGGGGACAACGCAAAAUGGAAUAAACUAGGACACUUUGUACUGAACAAAAAUCAAAUUCUCAACACCUCAAAUGGCUAUGAACAAGAAAAGGAUAAAUUGAUUGAGCAGUUAAAGAGACCAAAUUUUGACUACGUCCUAUUUCAAUUAUGUGACGACGCAGAUGAGAAGACGUGCAUACAAACAUAUGUAGGAAAGAAGAAAAUUCAGAACGUCGAUGACUUUUUCCUACUUAUAGGAUUAAAUAAUAACUACUUGCCUUACAUUUUAAACUACAGAACGAGUGAAGAGUUGGAAGAAGACACGCAGAUAUUCUGUGGCAUGCUGGCCGUUAAAGUUCUGUCCGUGUCUGUGCCCAUCACCAUUGCUGACUUGAAAACGGAGGAGAAUGUUGCCAAACCAAAGGCCAAGCCGAAUGAGCAAGCUGAGAAGGAGAAGCCGAAAUCUUUUAUUCGAAAGUACUGGAUUUAUGUGGCCAUAUUUUUCUUAUCCAUGUCUAUAUCGAAGCACUUCACGGAGAGUAUGCAGCAGGGGGCAGGGCAAAUGAGAGGGGGGACCCCCAGUGGAUAG